AUGGCGUUCAUCCCCGAGUCCCAAGAGGUCAACUACGAUGAUUACGGCCUUGAAGCCACACAGCUGUCGCAGCCCGUCAGGGCUUCGCAGCGAAACACGCAACCCGACAACUCCCAGAUGGAGCCGCGCCGCAAGUAUUGGGCAUUGUUCAUCCCAAUGAACUCCAAACAUUCGAUCCUCAAGCUGCCAUGGUCCAAGACCGUGAUCCAAAUUGGGCGUGGCCAAAUUGCAAACGUCGGCAACGAUGUCGUCUUAGAGGAGAAGCGCGUCUCGAACAGACACUGUCGGAUAUCCUUAGGUGUCAAGGAGCUCAAGGUAUCCCGCAUGGACAUGACGGAAGAGGACAUUCUCGAGGAGCUGCUCGGUCGCGAGGAGGCACCAGAUGUGUGGAUCGAGGACCUCAAGAGCAGUAACGGUACCUUUGUGAAUGGGAAACGUUUAAAUAAGCAGCGACAACUGCUGCAGAAUGGUGACGAGAUCUCUCUUGGGCAUCAAGGCACAGCCGAGUCGCACGACGUGCGGUACAUCUUCCGCUCGGUUGGCACGCGUAGUGGGGGAGGGACGACCCGGGAUGGGAAUGUCGGCGAGGUGUACCAACGAUACCAGAUCCUGGAAACACUCGGCAAAGGCACAUUCGCCGAGGUCAAGAAGGCGGUCGACAUCGAGAAUGGUGACAUGCGUGCCAUCAAGUUAAUCGUCAAGCACCGCUUCGACCAUGACCCCAAGACUCUGAAGCUCUUCGAACGGGAGAUCGACAUUUGCACCACCCUUGUUCAUGAGAAUAUCUGCCGUUUGCUCGAGUGGUUCGAGGACCCCCAGCACAUCACCCUGGUGCUAGAGUUCAUCGACGGCGGUGAUUUGCUCAACUACAUCAUGGAAUAUAACGAAGGAAACUCCCCAUUGCCCGAGGAAGAGGCCCAAGACUUCACCUUUCAGAUCUGCAGAGCCAUGGCCUUCUGCCACGAGAAGGGCGUGACGCACCGCGACCUCAAGCCCGAGAACAUCCUCGUAACCAAGGAGAGCGAGAGUCAAGGGCGGCUUAUCAAGAUUGCAGACUUUGGCCUGGCCAAGAUGAUCACGGUCGAAGACAAGACCAUGCUCAAGUCGCUCGUCGGCACGCCACAGUACUUGGCGCCCGAGGUCGUCAUGCAGACCAAGACGAGCCCGGGUUACGAGAAUGUCGUCGACUCGUGGUCAAUCGGAAUCAUCGUCUACAGUAUGCUCACAAAGAGCUUGCCGUUCGACGACAACAGCGAGUUGUCGUUGGAGCAACGCAUCAGAGCUCGCGCGACCAUCGACUUUGACCGCGUCGAGCUGGAACGGUACCAUGUUUCUGCAGCCGGCGUUGAUUUCAUCGAGCGUCUGCUCCAGCCAGACCCUACGAAGCGUAUGACGAUGGAGGAGGCCCUCAUGCACGAGUGGCUAUCCGGCCCAUCCUCGUUCCCGAGCGAGCCAUCCCAGUCCCAACCACUGUUCGGGGACUCCAUGUGGAAUAUUAAGGACUUCCGCUCGGAUGAGGCUGGUACAAGCGACGGCGGCGACCUCGACAUGAACGAUGACGCGACACGCUCCGACUGGACGCGCCCAGCUACCAUGAGUGCAACCAACUUUGGCAGUGCCAGCAUGGGAGCAAGCUUCGGCGGCGCCAGCGUAUCUAGCAACGACAGCUUCUCUCAACCCAUGGAGAACCUUAGACUUGGCACGGCCAAGAUCAACCAAUUAUCACCACCACGUGAGGAGGCGACAGCGUCACCACCGUUACGGCCCAACGGAACAGUUGAGAUGAGAGAAGCCACACCUACGCCUGGGAACGUGAUCGGCUCUUCACCCAAGCACGCUCCGAUGGACGUCGACUCCUCCGCAGUGACUGUGGGAGCGAAGCGCAAGAUGCCGUUCCUGGCCGACGCCUUCUCGUCCGGCGAGUUAUCUCCUCCACCACAACAACCAAAGCCGACCGCACACCCAAGGAAGCGGGCCACACCGCCAAAGAAGACAGCAGGGAAAAAGACUUCAUCACCAAAGAAGGUGGCGGCGUCCAAGAAGAGCCCAGUGAAGGCUGCCAACGGGCAAGCCGAUAGAGAGACCACACCGCGCGCGGAACAAGCGCCUGGACACGGCCGUGUAACCCGCGCCGCGACGGCGCGCUUAGCUGCCGAACAAAGGAGCCCAGCGAGCCGCACGCGGUCGCACGCCGUCCGAGACGGAGAGCUACGCGGGAGCAAGAGCCGGCGUGUGGGAUAG